GUGAUCUCACCUCUUCUCCACCCCCCAAUAUCGCUGCCUUUUACGACCGAGCGCGCGAAGAGCUGACAACUAACGUUAUAUAGGUCAUUUUAAAGUGGGGUUCCGUGCUCAGGACCACUGAACGGCCAUGGAAGAACUUACGGCGUUCGUCUCGAAAUCUUUCGACCAGAAAACCAAGGAGAGCAGUAAGGAGAGUAUCACGUACAGGGAAGUUUUGGAGAGUGGCUUGGCGCGGGCGAGGGAGCUGGGGAACUCGGAGACAAGUCUACAGGACAUAACGGAAGGCAGCAACCACUGUCCGGUACAUCUAUUCAAGGAGCACGUAGAGCUUGAGAAAGAAAAACUCAAGGAGUUUAACGUUUCAAGGGCCACGGAAGGGAUAUAUGAGUGUAAAGAGAAGAAGGAGGACGUAAAGUCUGAGGAUGAGGACGCACAGAGCAAACUGAAGCAGCGGCGGAGCAGGACAAACUUUACCCUGGAACAGCUCAACGAGCUGGAGCGCCUGUUCGACGAGACGCACUACCCCGACGCCUUCAUGCGGGAAGAGCUGAGCCAGAGGCUGGGACUGUCAGAGGCGAGAGUACAGGUUUGGUUUCAAAACAGAAGAGCAAAAUGUCGAAAACAAGAAAACCAGAUGCAUAAAGACACCUCUUCAUACUUUCCAGGUGUCACUCUGGGCAUUGCCAGUCAUCUGGAUGCCUGCAGAGUAGCUCCAUAUGUCAACAUGGGAGCUCUACGGAUGCCUUUUCAACAGGUCCAGGCCCAGCUCCAGUUGGAGGGCGUGGCUCACUCCCACCAUCACCUGCACCCUCACCUGGCGGCGCAUGCGCCCUACCUGAUGUUCCCACCCCCACCCUUCGGACUACCAAUCGCCUCUCUCGCGGACUCAGCCUCUGCAGCGGCGGCCGUGGCGGCGGCUGCCAAGAGCAACAGCAAGAAUUCUAGCAUCGCUGACCUCCGACUCAAGGCAGGACUUCUGAGGGGCCAGUGGCUCAGUCCACUCCAGGCACACAUCACAAGUCCAGGACCGUACAAACACAUGUGGAUGUCUGUCUGAGCCGAGGGCCAGGGCCGGGCCAGGCCAGACCGGGAGACUUUAGAACAAAGCAAACUGGCAAAGCAGGCAAGCAGGGCCAAAUACUAGAGCCUCACUGAUGCCGAUGCCGUCACGUUGACUUUACAGACUAUUGUGUGUAUGGGAAAAGACACUGACACCACAAGGCAUCGGACCCACUCUAACCUUUACACUCAAAAAAGACAAAGAAAAAAAUAAAGAAAAAGAGAAAAGAAAUGGCCAUAUUCUCUGUGUAACCACUGUGUUUUUUCCUGCCGCUGCCCAGUGCAUGAGUUCUAUUGGAGGACUGCAGGCCUAUCAUGGAGCCUGGCCAUGUUAUAUCUGACCUAACACCCCAACUCUGUUGUAUCACUGCCAUUCAAACUGCCCACUAUAUAUACCCUCAUCCACAAAGUCAAAGGUCAUUGGGGUUUGAUUUCCUUUAAACUGUGGACUGACAGGAAAAGCCUAAUCGAAUCCCUUACUUUUCUGCUUUUGGAGGAUGGAGAGUGUACAUGUGUUUUGCUGGGAAUGUGUCCAAAAUACGUUUUUUUGCUUUUCUCCUCACAUUGUUCUCUCUCUCUUGCUUUCUUUCUUCCUGUUUAUCGUGCUGUUUCUUGGGAAUAGAAGUGAAGAUAUUCUUUGCACUUCAGGUCUUGUAUGUGGGCGUUUAUAAACAGCACUACAAGCAGAUACUACUUUACUAAAUGAGGGUGGGAAAAGGAACUGAUUUGGGUUUUAUCAUGUCAUCAAAAAGAGACGUUCACGAAACGUUUAGAAGGAUAAAGGGUAUAACUGCAAUUUUUUGUAAUUUUGAAAAUAUGAAGAAUCAUCAGUUAAACUGAAAUGCAAUUGUGCGCAGUUUAAGUGCAAUACUGUAAAUAUGAAGAAGAAAAAAUAGAGAAAAAAAGCAGUUAAUUGUUAGAGAUAAACAAACGAUUUUCAGUCAUUUGUUUCAGGCACUGAUAAAUCAGUGUGUUGAAUUUCUUCGCCAAACAGACCCGUUCUUUCUAAAGCAUUGUAUAUUAUGUUAUGUUGCGAACUCAUCCUCAAUCAUGUGUCAUAACCCCAGAAAUUCAAUGGUUUUCAAACAUAGUUUUGUACACAUCAGGAAACUAUAAUAACUUGUUGAGGUAGACAUGAGCAUCUGUGUUUGAUGCUGAAAUUAAUAACUGAUACUAGGAUCUGAAAUAAUUUAUCAUAAUCUAUUGUAUUGACAUGGGACAAAGCAUUAUGUCAAAUUCCACCAAAGAUUCUAACAAAUGUUACAAGUUAUGUUAUAGGAACAACAAAAGCAUGGCAGUGUUCUAGAGACGGGUUUAGUUUUUGUUAGGCCUGUACAUGUUAAACUUGCAUUUAUUUGCAUUUUCAUGUUUUAACUAUCAAAGUAAGUCAGAUUAUAUCUACAACCUAAAUAAAUAAUGCCUACCAGCAAGUAUAAUAUUUGGAACAUUUGCAAAUUCAAAGGGUAUUGCUUUGGAAAUGUUUUGUGUCAUUGAGAAACAGAUCUCAAUGUCAAUAAUGCCUCUGAGUCUGUAGAUCGUAGUAAGGUCUACCUCAAACAAUGUUUUACCAACACUUUCUCUGUUCUCAAAGAUCCAUUUACAGUUGUUAAGCAAUGUCUCCAUUUUAAAUUAAACAUAUGGGUGCUUUUAUUUAUUAUUUUUGUCUGAAAGUUUAUACAAUUAUAAAAUAGUUGAAAUACAAGUGUACAUUUUCACAUGGCUUUGCAUUUAUUUUUAUAUGUUUUUUAAAUGUUACAUUUGCAAUGGGAGAUGCGUGGCUGUUGUGCAUUGUUCGCCUAAAAUGUAGCGUGUCAGCGUUUACAAACAUUUCAGGGAUGGUUGAAUUUGAUUAAGCUCCAUGGAAUUUGUUGUACCCACCACAAGUAUUAUAAUUUCAUAUGCAAGCAUGCCUAAACAUGAUUCACUAUACAGUUUGUAUUUUUUUCCUUUUGAUUCACAAAAUAUGAAUGUACAAGUAAACUAUCAAUAAAGUUAUAAAUAUUUGUACUGAA